AUGCGGCUAGCUAACGGUUUCCGCGCCGGCUGGCCGGCCGAUCGGGCUGUCCCGGAGCCCCGGAAAACAAAGGGGAUCCCCGGCCAUUGUCCUCCGCGCGGGCAAUGUCACAACCCGACCAACAGCACAAACUACUACCUCAGCCAGGGCCAUGGUGUGGGAGCCGGCGGGACACGCGGAGCCUCGUCCUCCUCUCCGCCGCCGGCUGCGCGCGCCGAGCGCCCCAGGGCGGAGGCUGCCUCCGGCGGGCCGGCCGCGCCCUCUGUCCGAGUGGAGCUGCGCUUGCCCGCUCGCCCGCUCGCCCGCCCGCGCGCGCCACGCCGCGGCUCCGCCGCUGCCCCCCCACCCCCGCCCGCCGCGUCGCACCCCGGAAGUCCCCGCGGACGCGCCCCGCACCCUCCGGGGGGCCCCGGCAGCCCGGCACCCGCGGCUCCGCGCGCGCCCGGUCUCGCGCUCCUGCUUCACUGCGGCCGGGCGAACCAUAGAGAUCCCUUAAAGAGGCUGGCGCGCUCCCCACCACGUGACCGCCCGCCGCCCCCCGCCGCCAUCUUACAUCCGGGGCACCGCGCCCGCUCUCCGCCCGGGCGAGCCUCGGGGCUCGCGGGAAAGCCCGCUACGGGCGGGGACUCCAGCCGCAAGCCGGGACCUGCUCGGGCCUCGUGCUGGGCUCCGUCUGCUCGGCGCGGUCGGCAGAGCCCUGGUGCUCUGGGCGUGAGCAGUAAAGAUGGCGGCGGGUGGGCCACGUUGCUCUCCGGCCGGAAAGUUCCGGCACCCCCUUCCCGCUCCGGCCGCCUGGCCCGCGGCGCUCCACCCCGGCGCGGCCGCAGCUGCUCGCCGCAGAAACUGGCGGGAAAGCUGUGUUGGGCGAGUCUAGUGCGCAGGCUCCCGGAACAUGGGGCGCCUGCCUUCUCCCUAUUUUUAGGCAAGGUUUGGAAGAGGGCCGACUGCAAUGGGGCUUCCCAUCCGUGUGGCCCAGUUUACUUUUUUGUUUUGCUUCUCAUUUACAGGUUUUUAAAGAUUUUUUUUGUUUGUUUUUAGAAGUCACUAAGAUUUGUCAGAUAAAAUACAGGAUGUCUUGCUAAACUGGAAUUCCACAUCCACGAAUGCUUCCCCCCCCCCGCAUAUGUAGAUUCCAUGUACUAAAAGGGGGAUGGUGUCUGAAUUUCACAUUUAUCUGCCGGUCUGUUUUAGUGCAUUUGGCAGUUCCAUUAGUCAUAAAGUUGCUGAAAAUCCACAGUACACAAGACAAGUACAGAAUGGUUAGAGAAAUGAGUGCAAUCUGGGAAGUUUCUCUAAACUUUAAUCCUGUCACAGCAGCCAGAUAACAAAACUCUGUUGCAAAAUUUGGUAAAACUACGUACGAACGCAUAUAUUUAAUUCAUUUUAGAGACCCACCUCACCCUGACCCAGUCCAGUAUAAUUUAGUACAACAGACCCUGGAGCCCAUACUAACACCAAUUAACUUUCACUACAAGGUAGACAGGACCUAAAUAAUUUUUUGAAGUACAAAUUUUCAAAUGUUUCAACCCACUUACAGGUUUCAGACAUAUUUCAAACUACCUGCCUGUUUAUGCUACGAGCAGAAUUCGUUAUACUAACCUUAGUAUUUAAAGCCAUCUCAAAUGUUUCAGUUAUUCCUAAUUCAUAUUUUUAUAUUUGAGUGCUUGUGUAACAUACUUGCAAUGAAAUGCUAAUUUCCUGUCUGCCGCACUGAUACAUAUGGAAAACUCACAGCAUCCUUUCUUAAUAAACAAUGACCGGGCUAACUCACCGCACAGUGGAUCAUGUUAUUUGCACCUUACCAAGUUUGUUGGCCACUGUUAGUGUGGAGUUUUUUAAGAGGCUAUCAAGCGUACAUCUGGUCUAAAAGACAAGAACAUCAAGAUGGGUUGAUUAGCUUGCUCAUGUAACAGAUGCUGCAAACAACAGGACCUGAAUUUGGGUAGACUCUCGGUCUUUUAACCACUAUGCUAAUGCUGAUACAAAACAAGCAACAAACCAGAUAUUUUAAACAAAUGUUUAAACCCUAUACCAGUGAAAAUUCCCAGGCAGAUCACACAGAGAAUUUCAAGUGCUCUUCCUGUCUCAGCCUCUGGAGGAUCAGAGGUUGCAUCUGUAUGUCUUGUUAAAAAAGAAGAUAUGAAACAGAAUUUGAGCUGUAGAAGGACGGUUUAGCACUGAUACAGAUGGGCAGUCUCAAAAACAGCUGCCCUGAAUUAGAAACAGCAACAACAGCAGCAACAACAGCAGCAGCAACAGCAACAGCAACAGCAACAACAACAGCAACAGCAGCAACAGCAACAGCAACAACAGCAACAACAGCAGCAACAGCAACAGCAACAACAGCAACAACAGCAGCAACAGCAGCAACAGCAACAACAGCAACAACAGCAGCAACAGCAACAACAACAACAGCAGCAACAGCAGCAACAGCAACAACAGCAACAGCAACAACAACAGCAGCAACAACAGCAACAACAGCAACAGCAGCAACAGCAACAACAGCAACAACAACAGCAGCAACAGCAACAACAGCAACAGCAACAGCAGCAACAACAGCAGCAGCAACAGCAGCAACAGCAACAGCAGCAACAACAACAGCAGCAACAGCAACAACAGCAACAACAACAGCAGCAACAGCAACAACAGCAGCAGCAGCAACAGCAACAGCAACAGCAGCAACAACAGCAGCAACAGCAGCAGCAACAGCAACAACAGCAACAGCAACACUCUUACAAUGUAAUGGCCUCAGACAGACUGGGACAAUAAGUAUUUUACUUAGCAGGCACAAGGUCCUGGUAAGUCAGAACUGUUCCCCACCUACCCCCAAUCUAACCCACAAGAGGGUGUGCGCUUUCAACUGGACCUCGGGUUCUUAAAGAUUCUCACAACUGAUACCUCAUGUCUUUCUAAUUGUACAUUUAUUUUUUCCAUUUUAUAUAUCAUUAGCAUUAAUAAGUAUCUGAAAACCAUUUCCCCAUUCUUUCACUUUGUAGCUUCUUCCAGAUUGACCACUUACAUAAUGAAUGCAGUGUAAGUACACAAAACACCAAUCAGAAAUGGUGCAGCAAUUGAUGCUCUGAACCUCACAGGAAAGGGAAAGCAAGCACAAGGUACACUAGAGAAAAGCAGGACUACUGAUCAGAUCAGAAAGAAACUUAUCAAGGAGAUUAUGGUCAAGGUUACCAAGUAAGACUGGGAGAAGACAUGUAGGCUCACCUAUGUGGGAACCAAACACAAACUGAGGGUCUGUGCACUCAACAGUUUUAACUAUGGAGCUAUGAAGAGACACCUACCCUACAUUACAAAGAUUAGGACUUGAGACCAAGAAACUUUUCUGAUUAUAUUGCAUAACUGAUAUAUCUCAGCAACACAGGAAUUGUGAGAAGCACAUACAGAAACAGUGGUAUGUAUGGUAUUACUUUCAAGAAUUGUGUUGGGAGCUAAAAAAGAAACCUUGCAAAAUGAGAUAAAUAUAUCCAGUCUGACAUAAACACCAUAUGGUGACUGCCUUGAGAAAGGAGUUGAGUGCCGUGUGCUAAAAUUAUGACACAGAGGGAGUAAAAGCUGCAAAGAAAAUGGAAUUUGUACUUGGGUCUAAAUCUUAAUAUCUUAUUUUUUUAGACAAGUGGAGUAAGACUGCAAUUGUAUGUCUUCUCAGUCUUUCUUCCACCCAGGAAAACUACACAGUAAGUAGUAAUUGCUAUUAUACUAUAGCAGUUUCCAAGUAAUGGCAGGGUUUAAGAAGUCUUUUAUGGAUACACCGUUUACUGAGUUUUAGUUUAAAAUAAAACUUUAGGCAACUAUUUGUAGCAACUGAAAAUGAUCUCAAAAUUCAGUAAUUUUCUUACUCAGAGAUCCCAUCAUGCUCAGCAGUAUAAUAGAGAAUGCUUCAAGGCCUCUGUUACCAUGCGCAACAGUAAUACCAAAAUAUUCCAGGAGUACUCAGAAAUAAGACAAACACUCUGGUCUUCGGUCAGAAUCACCAGCUGUAUGAUUUAAUUUUAUGUUUGUCUAUGUUACUGGCAGGUAUGCCCGCUCACCACUUGUGUGCAUGCUGGUCAGGCAGGCCUGAGGAAGGUGUCAGGUCCCCUUGAACUGGAGUUGGAUGGUUGUGAGCCACCAUGUGGGUGCUGAGAAUUGAACUACAGUCCUCUGGAAGAGCAGCUCUUAACUGUUGAGCCAUCUCUCUAUCCCCGACCUACUGCUUUGUAAUAGAAAAGCAGACAUAGAUGAAACAGAAACAACAACACUGCCUGGAGCUCUCCAUGGAAGCCAGCAGUGCACAUAUCACCAGGAUGUAGUAUUUAGAUGACAUAAACUUAUCCACAUUCAAACUGUUUACCUCCCCAACCAGUAUCUUCCCCAAAGCCAAAACAAUCUUGCUCCAAAAGCCACAACAGAAAUGCCUACAAAUUUUAAAUACUCCUUUUAAAGACAAGUGGCAUCGUUUUGCUGUUCGCAGCAGUGCAGACAUAACUGUUCCAAGUUUAGCUACUGAAUCCAUUUAUUUAUAGCAAUCACAUUCUGUGUCUUGGCAGCAGAAUCACAGACUCGGAAAUAUAGUAGGCAAUAGCCUCAAACUGCUUCAUAUUGUUCCACUAUUUAAAAUGGUAGGGAACUUCAACUCAGUAAAAAGGUGACAGUGGCUGACGUGGAAGGCACUUCUAAAACCUCAUUAGUAGGAAGGCAGUCAUUACCAGGGUCUCUCUCUGAGUCUCAUGAUGAAAGCAUUGGCAAAUGCCGAGAGAAAGGUUAGGGGGAAGUGAGGUAAACUUAUAACUUAGACAGGAGGGAAUAAAAGGAGAAAGGAAGAAAACAGUCAAUUCUUCUCUGGCUGUAACAGUGCAUAACCACAUGGCCCGAGCAAGUACCCAAGAGUGUCUCUCUGCAGUCAAGUCCAUUCACACUAAGCACUGUCUAAAGAAUCAGUAACUCAGCAUCAUCACUGUUUUACAAACAGGAAAGCAGCAGCUUUGAGAAUUUGCUUAAAGGUGAAUUAGGAAGGGGACCUCUGCUGACCACUUUGAGAUCAGAGUAUCUGCAGGCACGAGGAGGCUUGGUACCUCUAUGUCUGCUUUCUGAGCAAGGCCUCCCUGUGAAAUGCUGGUAGCCUGGACUCCUCGUGGGAACCUCUUGAGCGCUGGGCUUACAGGCCCAAGGCACUACAUCCAGCUCAUCCACACGGCUCUUUAAAGCCAACACUGCUAACACAGUUAAAACUACUGGAUUUAGUGCAAGUCUUCUAAGAGGGUUUGCAUGUAAAUUAAGAACCAGUCACAACUUUCCCAUUUACAAAAUUGAACAUUAAAAUAAAAGCACCACUCUACUCUCAAGAGAUACAAAAUGUUUAAUUCAAAUGACCAUAAAGGAUUAAAAACUAUUUGUCCACCAUAUGUAAGUCAGUAAUACAACAUGUCAUAUAACUCCCUGUUCUUCUUACGAAUAACUAAAAACCAAAAACCAAAAAAAAAAAAAAAAAACCCAGUUCAGUCUAAUAAAGAUGGCCUUAUAGCACUUAGCAUAGUAAACUGUAAUGCUUUAGACAAGUGUCUCCAAAAUGCCAAAUCCAGUAAGUGGGACACUCUAGGCUGCUGGUAAUGCUUCUGAAGAGACUAUUUUUGUCUACCUUUGUGGUAGUUUCCUAGAAAAAUCUAUAACCCAUAAUAAUCUGAGGCUGGACAUUAAUCUAUUUUGGCUCUUGAUUUUCAGUUAAUUUCAGUGGCAAUUACAGGUAAGUAUUUCCUCAAAGUGUUCUCUCUGUCUUAGUGGCUCUUAGCUCUUAGCCAUGUCUUAAAGUUUGGCUACACACAUGGAUUACUCCACCUCUGAGGAGUGCGUCCAACAGUGCCUUUGAUUGACGUGACUGUCAAGAGUGAUCAUUAUAAGGGAUCUAUUUCCAAUGUUCUCUGGUCUAUUAGUUCACUUGCAGUUUUCCAGCUGACCAUUGGCCAAAUGCUCACCUAGGACUAGGUGGUACCAAACUGACAAUAAAUAUAACAUUUGAAACCCUGUAGAAGAAAGGUCAAAUAAUUGUUAUUGGCUGCUACUUAAAGUGACUUAUUCACUAUGAUAACAUAAAGAAAAUAACUUCUCCAUUGUUUUCUUCUGAUGCUCUAUAUAAUUUAAAGAAUGUUGGAAGCGUUGACUUAAUAACCCUUCUGUGAGGAAACAAGUGAGACCAUCAGUGUUAAUGUAGUAAAAAUAUGAACAAGUUAAAAGCAUUUCUUUUCUAGUCAGACUUAAUAACAAGUUCCCCCUACCUUUGGCACACAAAAGGCUUUUAAUAGAUGGUAUGCAAAAUGCAUACAGUAAAACAAAACUUUAAGAUUAAUUGUAAGAAAUAAGACAUGAAAUUACUCCUUCUCUUGUACAACCAGAACCCAAAAGAUGACCUAUGCGAGUAAGUAAUUCCACUGAGACCUCCAUGAUCACCCAUAGUGGGGACAGUCUGUCAUUCAGUGGUGAAGACUCAUUUUGAGAGUUAAAACUCACUGACUUGGACAGGAGGCAAUGAUGGGAUUCAUCUUAGUGUUUCACGAUGGGAACUUUUGGAGAUUUCCUUGCAUCUAGUAACCCCAUGCAGCCCAGGUCUUGUGCUGACUGCGGAACCCAGGUUAUAUUUGCAGGGCGAGGACAGUGCAUCAACUCUCCGAGACUAGCACAUUUUAGAGGAUGUAGCCUAGAAGCAUGAUCGACCCAAAAGCACUAAUGACUUGGACUCACUCCUUGGGGGUCGAGAGGGAUUUUGGGGGAAGCCUGUCAUUCUAUCAAGGGAGUGGCCUGCAUGCUUGACAUUGAGACUGGCAUUGGUUCCUCAUCACAUUAUAUUUUGAGCUAUACAGUGUGACAUUGGUAUUAAAAACUAAUACUGUAUUAAUUUAAAUUAUUUACCUGAUAUAAGUGUACGCUGUAGACCCUUGACUCACAGAUAACCUUCACAGGAGAACACUCGUUCAGAUUGCAAUUGGUCUGUUACUUCUCAUGAGCAGACACUUACUUUAUAAAAGAAACCCACGGCAAUAUUUUCAAAAUGUUGCCACUCUUAUUGAUAUGUUAUCAGUGAUAUUCCUAUUCUUUAAUUCACAAGUGAAUAUAUCAAAAUAUAAAAAAUACACAGCUUGAGUCAUUUUUUUUACAGCUUUAAGAAAACACUGACAGCGCAGUCUAUGAAAUGCCAUGUAUUACCUUAACCUCAAGUGAAAUAAUAAAAUAGAAAUUCAUUGAUUCAUGUGAGUAAAAAUAAUAUUCCUUCAAAAUAGGCCUUGCCACACAUACACAGAAUAUAGUGCAAAUUAAAUCAUCACAUAAUUAAAAUAGCCUCAAAACUGUAUCUCCUUGACUACCCGACUCUAACGCCUCCUUCUAGGUGUAUGAUAAUUUUGGAAAGACCAAAAUUUAUAAAUCUUGUUAAAGUAAAAAGCUUUCUGGUGCAUUAAAAUAAUAUUAACCUCACUUACUUCUUUUUAAUAGCAAUGUUUUCAACAUGUUUCAUGUCUCAGCACUUGUGAAAUAAAAUUUUAACUUGGAAAAAUAUUAUAACAGCAUAAUUAAUUAAAAAAAUACAGCGAGCUAGGUCAACGUCAGUUUGUAGAGAGGUCAGGUACUCUGAGCUUUCCUUCUUCCUGAGGGCAGAAGGAGGGUGGCAGGAGCUCUUUCCCGAGCACAGUGAGCUCCCUGCUCUUGGAAAUGCAGGCUUCUCCAAACGCCCACUUGCCCUGUGUGUGACACAUGCUUUACAUACUAUGGGUUAGCCUGGUGCUAUUUCUUCUUGGAAGGAACCCAGAAAAGGACACAGAGAAGAACAAAACCUCACAGGCAAAGUUUCAUGAAGUAUAAAGUCAUCUUGCCUCAGUCGUCAUUCAGCACAUGUCACAGGAAGAAACCAUAGGAAUAUAAAAUAUGAAAAGUCUUUAAAAUCCAGACAGCAAGUGUAAAAACAGACGCAUGAAAGUUCAGAGACAGGCUUAAAGAAAUGAGGUAUGAUCCAGUCAUUCUGCUACAACGUGUCUCUGUAUUACGUUAUGACUGCAUUUCAAAGGUGCAAAGUCAGCGAAUCAUACCUUCUGCUGCUGUGCUCACACAAUCCUUCCGGUCACCAAUAAUGCAUGUAAAAAGAAUGAAGCCAACUGUAUGAGUACACGAUAAGCUUAUCUGCCCCAGAAGAAGGCAAAUCAGAAGUAAAAACGUAAGCAAACAGUUUGUAUUAAUAAUAAAUACAGCUUCGAGCAUUUAACAUCAUCAAUAUUUUAAAAUUUUAAAUAAAUGCAAGUAUUUUAUACAGAACUGUACCAUUUAUUAUACACAUAGUAUAUCAUUUCCCUUUGUUCACAAAGGCUGGUUGAUAGUAUGGAAUGUUACAGUACCACCUUGAAUAAAAUUUUAGUACAAUUCUGUACUUGAAAAAGGGUGCAAAACACCAGCCUCAAAAAUCUGAAUGGAAAUAUCUUUCUUUUUAAAAAGUACAUCAUUAACACACACACAACAGACUAUACAUAAGCUCACUUUUAUCAACUGAAGAUGUGGUAGCAGGUACGAUGUAGUGUUCCUUAUCCCACCCAGCAAGAUCA